UCUCAUCAUCAAAUAUGGCCGAGUCAGCGAAAUUGCAAUCGGUGGAUCUGCAAGGACUGCGCAAUCUGCAGGCACUGUACAGGAGGGAUUUACCCAAGCAUUGUCAGGAAUUUUAUAUUCUAAAGAAUUUCAUUGCGUUUCUCAAAAUCGAGCCGGAAAUGAAGCAUUUGAAUGUAUACACUUUAAGGGAUCAGCGUGCUAAAGAGCUGGGACUCUUUCUGAUCGUGGAUCGGUAUCAGCUGUUUGUGGGCUGCCUGGGCGAAUGCUUGAAUUUGUUGGAGCUGGCUCUAAAUUUGCUAGAUUGGUCAAAGGGUCUGCUCUGCUCAACAAUCCCAGAUCGUUAUAUGUCAACUGUUUUCAAAGUGGUGCAGCAGAAGGGAUUAACAGUUGACUAUCAUCAUCGGUCCCAUCUUUAUCAUUUGCCAGCGAAGCACGCUCAGCAGCAGCUCCAAGUCAAAUGUCCAACUGGUUUCUAUCUGCAAUCAUUAACUGAACGGGAUGCACAUCUGAUCAAUCAGGAAUGGUCAUAUAACCAGGAGGGUUCCCUCUACUUUAUCCAAAGGCAAAUACGCCUCUGUCCCAGCAUGGGAUUAUACGACAAUGAAACCCACGAACUGGUCGCAUGGUGCAUCAGAGACCAAGAUGGUCUUCUGACCGUUUUGCAGGUGAAGCAGACGCACCAGCGACGUGGUUUUGGCAGCCUCAUAGUUCAGGCACUUUCGCAACGCAUCGCUGAGUUGGGUGAUGAUAUCAUCGCUGAGAUCUAUCCCGGGAAUCUGGCAUCUGUGCGCAUAUUUGAUAAGUUCGGGUUUCGGAUGAUUGACCAUUGCCACUGGCUGAACAUUCAGCCUGAGAACGGCGAUUUCACCUGGCCAGAUGGACAAUAAUUUCUGGAAUAUUUAUGUAUAUUUAUGAGCAACUGAGUAAAAUAUGCUCACUAUAUAUAAUAUAAACAUUUAUUCAUUUGUACAUUGUUUAUAAU